GGACGAAUUUCAUCAUCAAAACUGUCACUAUAUUCAAUACUAAUAAUAAUUAAUAGUAUAAUAAUAAUAUCUCCCCAGUAUACAGCCAGAACAUAGCUCAGUGAUACCCGUGACCCCCAUUUUUCCCCUGCACUACACCUACAAUAAAUUAUCAUUAAAAUCAUACUAGCUUCCCAUCACCCAAAAACCAUCAAACCCCAUUUCAUUAUUCUACUCUUUAAGACACUUUCUUGUGUUAAAUGAGGAAAAACAUAUCCAUAUUUUGAGCAAUGCCGAUGAAUUCAAGUUCGUUUUUGAGGCAACUGAGUGGGAAAGAGGGAUGGAAAUCGACGUCAAAGAGAUGGGGUACUGGUGGUGGAGGUGGAAACUGGAAGCAAAUGGAAGCGGGGUUGAAAAAUAUGUGUGGAGGAGGAGGAGGGUAUAAUGGUGGCUUAGUUAUGAGGAAGAGAGUAAUGGUGGUUGUAGAUCAAAGUUCAUAUACUAAACAUGCUAUGAUGUGGGCACUUACACAUGUUACUAAUAAAGGAGAUAUUCUUACUCUUCUUCACAUUGUUCCUCAUUCUUCUGCUUCUAGUUCUUCUCAUUGUAGUAAUUAUAAGGGCUCCUCUGAUUCUUCUUCUUCUGCUGCUCAUCUUGCUAGUUCUCUUGGUUCUCUUUGUAAGGCUUGCAAACCUGAAGUUGAAGUGGAAGCACUAGUAAUACAAGGACCAAAAAUGGCAACAGUAAUGAGCCAAGUGAAGAAGCUGGAGGUGUCUGUUUUAGUCUUGGGUCAGAAAAAACCCUCUUCUCUCCUUAGCUGUUUGUGUGGGAGGAGCAGUGAGGAGGAAUUUGUGGAACAAUGUAUCAACACAUUGGAUUGCUUGACAAUAGGAGUAAGGAAGCAAAGCAAAGGCAUGGGAGGAUACCUCAUCAGCACUAGAUGGCAGAAGAAUUUUUGGCUUUUGGCCUAAGUUCUUAAUUUAGUUUAGGAAUUAAUAUCACUCACUAUAAUAUGGAUAUGGAUAAUAAUUUGUGUAGAGAGCUUUCAGUACUAUCUCCUAUGUAGCAUUCCCUAAAACAGAGGUUACUUUUCUGGUCUGUAAUUUUAUAUAAAUGUCUAAAUGCUAACUGAAAACUUGCUUGUGCCAAA